AUCGGGCCCCCAGGCGGGGCGGCGGGCACCGGGCCCCCGGGAGGGGCGACAGGCAUCGGGCCCCCAGGCGGGGCGACAGGCAUCGGGCCCCCAGGCGGGGCGACAGGCAUCGGGCCCCCAGGCGGGGCGACAGGCAUCGGGCCCUCAGGCGGAGCGGCGGGCGCCGGACCCCCAGGUGGAGCGACAGGUCUCGGGCCCUCAGGCGGAGCGGCGGGUGCCGGACCCCCAGGCGGAGCGACAGGUCUCGGGCCCUCAGGCGGAGCGGCGGGUGCCGGACCCCCAGGUGGAGCGACAGGUCUCGGGCCCCCAGGCGGAGCGACAGGUCUUGGGCCCCCAGGCGGAGCGGCGGGCGCCGGAUCCCCAGGUGGAGUGACAGGUCUCGGGCCCCCAGGCGGAGCGACAGGUCUCGGAGCCCUCAGGCGGAGCGGCGGGCGCCGGACCCCCAGGUCUCGGGCCCUCAGGCAGAGCGGUGGGUGCCGAGUCAUCUGGCACGACAGUGGGCUCCGAGUCAACUGGCAUGACCGCUGGCACUGGGUCAGACAUUGGAUCGUCUGGCUGGACAGCGGGCAUCGGGUCACCCGGCAUCAGGUCAUUUGGCUCGAC